CGUUUAAUACGGAGUCUUGAGCAUUUGUUUGUGCGGUUUUGUAACUUUCAAUGUUUAUUGUAUGCAGUAUAAUCUAAUAUUAUAGUGAAUUCGUGGUUUUUACAUGAAGUAAUCACUUUUUGCUUUUAAAUAAACGUUAAAAUAAUACAGAAUCCUCAGCUGUGUAGUCAUGAAAUUAUUUACAAUAUUUCACUUUGAAAAAUGCAGGGAAAUGAAACAAAGGAAUGGAGUUGAUGUGGUGGAUAGUUGUUAUCGAUGGGCGUGGUUUACAUUUUAAAUAUUCUGAUUGGCUCGCCAAGAAGUCAAGCAACGUUUAAUGUGGCCAAUGAAAUCAUUCUGUGGGUCGGUCCACUCACAAUCACACAUCUCCUGAAAUUAGCAUAGGGCAAGUGUAUAAAAACCCGCCUCUGGCACUACAGUUUUAUUGUUGUUUGUGUCUUUGAGCGAAACAUCAUGCCUGAACCCGCGAAGUCCGCCCCAAAGAAGGGCUCGAAGAAGGCUGUCACUAAAACCGCCGGGAAGAGUGGAAAGAAGCGCAAGAGAUCAAGGAAGGAGAGCUAUGCUAUCUAUGUGUACAAAGUCCUGAAGCAGGUUCAUCCCGACACCGGAAUCUCUUCCAAGGCGAUGGGAAUCAUGAACUCUUUCGUCAACGACAUCUUCGAGCGCAUCGCCGGUGAAGCGUCUCGUCUCGCUCACUACAACAAGCGUUCCACCAUCACAUCGAGAGAGAUCCAGACCGCCGUGCGUCUGCUGCUGCCCGUAGUAGAAACCCUCAUGUGACUUCGAGACAGUAGUGAUGUUCAUCUCUCCUGUCGUCUGAUUCUGGACCAGUGAUCCGUCUUUAUAGAAAUCAGCACGGAAGAUCGGAGAGUUUAAUCGAUGUAAACAGUGUAGAGUCAGAGUCUCUCCCACAAUCACAGGAUCAACAGAACUCACCAGAAUCACUUCACCAUCUACAAACACAAAACAUGUGUGCUUAAUGUAAAUAGUGAGAAUAAAGCAAAACAAUUUAUACUCAAAAUACUGAUAUUAUGAAUUGAAUUCUACUUUAUGCCUCCUGUUUUAGUCUUGUGUAGUCUAACCCGAUCUCAUGAGAAAACGCAACUAUUUUACAAGGUGAUGAUUUUGUAUUAAUUUAAACAAUGUUUUUAUGGAAACGUGCAUGUUUUGAUUUUUAGAAAAAAGCAAGCAUGGUCAUCCUCUAAACCUAACCAUCAGUGGGGCGCAAGAUGAUCAUAUGAAAAUGUACAAAUGAGACUGUACCAAUUCACACUCAUUAGCCAUCAUGUUGCCAAAAUGUGAAAUGGUUUCAAAUUUUAAUGUUAACUACUAGCAUAAAAAAUUGUGAAAAAUGUGUGCGGACUUUGUAAUUAGAAUUUAGUUUAGAAUGAGUGCAGUUAUUGAUUAGAAAACAGGACUCACUAUGUACACUGAUGUUUCGAGGAUGACGUUUCUCUCCAGACUCAGACUGACACCAGUACACUCCAGUGUCAGAUGUGCUGAGAGACUCGAUUACACAUGGAGAUCCUGUUUGAUUUGAACAAGUUUUUGUGUCUUUGUCUGUGUAUCUUCUCACUGUCCAUCCAGCAGAGUUACUCUGAUCCUCACAGCUCAGAGAGAGAGAGUGAGAUGAGAAGUGUUGACUUCUGCUGGGAUUGAUGACCAGAGACACUGAAGAAGAAACACCUGAGACAGAGAGUUAAUUCAGUUUUUGUCAUUUGAGAUCCACUUACAGGGACACAAAUAUUAAAUGAAUAUUUAGAACAA